CCUUGACAUUUAUCAAAACAUUAAAAGUUUUUAACAAGUAUUUCAACGAUUUCUCUCUUUUAUGCAGUGAAAAUACCCGAAAUCUAACUUUACCAAUGUAAAUCAAAGUAGUGAACUCAGAGUGUAGCUUUAUUGGAUUGGAGAAGUAUACUUCUAGUUCCACCAGAAUACGUUAAAGGCCUGGUUAUAAACUCGUUAAAUUCUCAACAAAUCCUAUGCUAUGUCUUCAGGAAGAACAGUAUUAUCCAAUAAUGUGGCUAAAGACAGAAUUGUCUCCAAAUUUCAACAGGCUUACCAUGCUGACGCAACUCCGUAUCAAAAGAUGAAUUUUCAUCCGAAAGUUAAAGCAGCUUCAUCAGAAAAUAGAACAGGGACAGUGGGUUUAAAGAUUUCUAAAGCAGUAAUAGUUGGAGAUGUUUCUGUUGGUAAAACAUGUUUUGUUAACAGAUUCUGUCAUGAUUUAUUCGAUAGAGAUUAUAAAGCUACUAUAGGUGUAGAUUUUGAAGUAGAAAAAUUCAGUAUUUUAUCUACAAACUUUACUUUACAAAUAUGGGACACAGCCGGACAAGAGAGGUUUAAAUGUAUAGCAGCUUCAUACUAUAGAGGUGCUAAUGUAGUAAUAGUAGCGUUUGACCUGUCCGAUGAAGAAAGUUUAAAUAAUGUAGAGAAAUGGAUGGUAGAUGCUUCAGAAAAUGCCAAUGAUCCUGUCAAAUUUUUAGUGGGAAAUAAACGAGAUUUAUUGUCAGAGGCAGCGUAUGAAGAUAUAGAAAGUAGAGCUGUAGAAAAAGCCAAUAAACUAGGUGCUGAAUUCUGGGCUGUAUCUGCUAAAAAUGGUUUAAAUGUACGAGAAUUUUUCUUCCGAGCCGUGUGUUUAACAUACGAUUCUUUAUUACUAAAUGAACUCGAGUCAACAAAAACAGUUUCUUCUAAACAGAUUGGUAGUAAUUUAAUCAGUAUACAGAAAGAAAAUACUGAUUUAUAUGAAGCUAAAAAUAAACAGAAAUCAAAAUGUUGCAGUUGA